AUCACUAUUUGUAAACUGUUUCAGGAAGUAACAUCAACUCGUCUGAAGAUUUGUGUCUUUUUGGCAUCUCUAGAAUGAUCUUCGGAAAUCCCCCAAACUUCUGCCGUGACCAUGCCCAUGUAUCUACUUCUUCUGUUUAGAAAACUGCGACAUAGUUUUCAUUUCACAAAUGUUCCGAUUUUUUGAAAGAAACUUUUUCAAAUUGGCUGAAUUGAACUGCAGUUAUUCGUUGAGAUGUCGGAUUCAUCUGACCGGUCUUUAAACUUACAUUUUCUGAAAGAACCUGUCUUGAGGAAACUGUGUGAGGUUCUGGAUAAAACCAACAGUAAAGGAUGGCGUAAACUCGGGGAGAUGGUCGGCAAUGACCGGCGUUUUAGAGUGAGUCCAGAUGAGAUGGAGAUGUGCUCUCUGAAAGUGUUGGAGUUGGAGGGCAGCCCCAGCCACAUGCUGCUCAGGCUCAUGGGAGACAGAGGGUGCACCCUGGGCCAUCUGGUAGACUUACUACAAACCAUGGGCCAGACAGAGGCCCUACAGUGUGUCAAACCACCAGGUAUCCAGAUCCUCAUUCAGCCCCAGUCUGUGGCUAUAAUAGUGGGACACAACCUGCGACUCAGCUGUUAUGCUGUGGGAAAGGCUGGUGUUAAGUACCAGUGGUUCAAAACCAAGGAGGAGGUACCCAACAGUUCUUCUCCAGACCUGGUGAUUAGCCCAGUGCAACUGACAGACACAGGCUUCUACAUCUGCAGGGUUAAUUGUGGAGACUCCUUUGAGUUCAGCCAGUGGGUUCAGGUGGAUGUCCUGAAUGUUGCCACAUCUUAUGGGUUGGGGUCCCACUCGUUGGAGGGCAGGCUGAAGGUGGUGAUCCAGCCCCAGGGCCAGAGACUGCUGGUGGGGGAUGCUCUGCAGCUGGAGUGUGGGGCGGUAGGGAGGCCAAUCCCCCGCUACCAGUGGCACAGGAACGGGGUGCCCCUUCCCUUUCCAGAGGCCUCCAAGAGGAGACUCACGAUUCCGUAUCUGCUGCUGGAACAUCAGGGAAAGUAUCGCUGUGAGAUUUGCAUUAACAACGAGAGGACGUGGACAAAUGAAGUAGACGUUCUAGUGGGACCAAGGAUAUCUGUCCCGUUUUCAGGGGCAAUGGAGUGUUCUGAAGAUGAUGUUUUUGCCUUUGGAGCAGGUAUCAGUGAACUAAUCCUGAACAGCGAUCAAGAACCACCUUAUGCGACAGAUAAAGUGGCCCUGCUGAUCGGGAACCUCUCGUACCAGAACCACCCCCAGCUCAAGGCGCCAAUGGUGGAUGUGUAUGAUCUCACCAACCUCCUGCGCCAGCUCAACUUCAAGGUAGUAUCGCUGCUGGACCUCACCGAGUCAGAGAUGCGCAACGCCGUGGACGAGUUUCUGCUCUUACUUCACAAGGGUGUCUAUGGUUUGCUGUACUAUGCUGGACAUGGUUAUGAGAACUAUGGCAACAGCUUCAUGGUACCGGUGGAUGCUCCAAACCCGUACCGCUCAGCCAACUGCCUGUGUGUGCAGAGCAUCCUCAAACUGAUGCAGGAGAAGGAGACAGGCCUCAAUGUGUUCCUGCUGGAUAUGUGCAGGAAGAGAAAUAUUCAUGAUGAUACCACCCCAAACAUACUAUUGAGGGUCACAGCUAACAUUGUCUUUGGAUAUGCAACCUGCCAAGAUGCAGAAGCGUUUGAGCUGAGCUCUAGUGGAUUCACUAACGGUGUCUUUGUCAAGUUUCUAAAGAAACGUCUUCUGGAGGAUGAGAAGAUCACUGUGUUGCUGGACAGAGUGGCUGAGGACAUGGGCCAGUUCGAUGCCACUAAGGGGAAGCAGGCUCUGGAGAUCCGCAGCAGCCUAUCAGAGAGGAGGGCUCUGACUGACCCUAUUCUGCCUGGUGACAGCUCUGACAUGGCCCUGGAUCACAACCGUCAGUGGGCCAAGGCUCAUGAACUGCCUGAGAGUAUGUCUCUGGACUUUGACUGUGGGGCUCAGAUCAAGCUGGGCUUCGCUGCAGAGUUCUCCAAUGUGCUGGUCAUCUACACCCACAUCGUGAAGAAACCAGAGGACAUGUUCUUCUGCCAGGCUCACGUCACCAACUUCUCCCGGUGAGACGCUACAGACCUUGACAUUGACCCCAAAGAGAUGAACAGGGAGACACCAGAGGAGACUGGCAUCUACCUGCUCUCCAGCAGUCUUCCCCAGCACUGCCUGUACACACGCCUCAGCUCUCUACAGAAGCUCAGGGAUCAGCUGGGGUUCACAGUUUGUCUACAGGGCUCUUUCAAGGCCGUGGAUGAGCUGGUGGACUGGACCACUGACGUCAACAUCGGCAAGCCCCUGAUCGCCAGACUAGACCUCCACCGCACCAUGAGGAGGAACAGCUGCCUGCAGACCUGCCCAAUGCCCCACAGCCCCUCACACAGCCCUUGCCAUAGCCCCGGAGCCGAGCACCUCCACCCACACAUCCACCACCCUCACCCCCAAGACCAUGGCCUUCUCUCCCCACACUGCUCCAGCCCUUACCUGGAUGUGUACGAGCCUCUACAGGGAGCUGUGGGAGGCUCAGGUUGUGUGAGCUCCACGCUGUAUGACAACUGUAGCUUCUCUCACUAUGGCUGUACUAGUAGUGACUCAGUGUUACUGAACUCCCCUGGCAGAGCCAGCAUUCCCAUAGAGACCACGGAUGACAUAAACGAGCUGCAGACAGUCUUCAUUAAUAGCCUGCAGUUUCACCACUAGUGAUAAGGCCCUCUCUAGGGCAUUGGUAGCCUGGUUCCAGAUCUGUUUGUGCUGUUUUGCCUUCUCCUAUUGCCAUCAGAUCUGGAAUCAGGCUAUGGUGGAUUUUGGGCUAUGGUGGAUUUUUGUACGUCUACUCUAUAAAUCCUAGUGUAUUCCAUGGCAAACUCUUUGAUACAGUUGCCUGGCUUGAGUGGAGAUUACAUGUAUUUAGUACUUUGGACUAGAUUUUUAAAUUGAAAUAACCGUCAGAGUUUUAUAGCUGUACUUAAAAGGUUACAUAUCCAGCCUGCUGUGAAAAGGUAGUUUUUUGCGAUUAUCUUUCCGUUUGUUAGAUAAUGAUGAUAUAAUGUGUAAUAUUAAGCUUUGCUAAAACGAUCUUAACCAGCCUCUUUCAUAUUCUAUAGAUGAUCUAUAUCCGGGAUCUUUAAGAGCAGUUACUAAAUGUAAUAAAAUGUAAUGACUUUAUCCACAGGGAGGCAUUGUCUCACUAUAUAAACCAGAGUUCUGGAACUUGAUUGUUUUUCAAGGA